AUGGCACUUGCAGCUCGACCCGUCGUGUUGGAGCUCUUGGCUGCGUCUAUCAACGUUGCGCGACGUGCAGGCGGCAUCAUCCGCGACGUGCUGAGCUCGGGCGAGCUGCGCACUGUGGACAAGGUGAGACGUCGGUUGCCCUCGCUCCCCACUGUGACUGCUGUGACUGCUGUGACGACUACUACUGCUGCUGCUGCUGGAAAGGCAGACCGACGCGCGCAGCACUGCAUCAUCGAGUCGCUGCGUCGGCGAUGGCCUGCUCUGGCCAUCAUUGGCGAAGAGGGCGCAAUCGGCGGUUCAGAACAUGACGUCGUAGCCGAAGUACUUGAUGCUGCAGACCAAGGUGUCAUUGAUGCCAUUCUUACCGAACGUAGCGGUGGCUGCCCGAGCACAUUGCAAAAGGCGACGCUAGAUCAGAUUUCUGUUUGGGUGGACCCGCUCGACGGAACCAAAGAAUUCACGGAAGGCUUUCCGGAAAAUGUCACUGUGCUGAUUGGUAUCGCAAUCAACGGUACUCCUGAGGCUGGCGUCAUCCAUCAACCCUUUUUCAAGGCGGCAAAUUCGGUGACCGGCCGAACGAUCUGGGCCGCUCACGGCUUGGGUGUGCAUGGAACUGAGGUCAAGUGGCGCAAUGUUGCUCGCGAUGGCCGAAUUGUUGCCACGACUCGCUCUCACCCCAGCCCUGCCAUCGAGCGUGCGCUGGCUGCCGCUCAACCCGCUUCCAUUGUCCGCAUUGGUGGCGCAGGCAACAAGAUUGUGCACAUUCUGGACGGCGACUUUGACGCCUACCUCUUUCCUUCCCCAGGCACGUCAAAGUGGGACACAUGCGCAGGUGAGGCCAUCCUCCGAGCAGCAGGUGGCCACCUAACCGAUCAAAGCGGCGCGUCCUACGACUAUUCCGCCAAAGCCGAGUUGGCAAAUGCACGGGGUGUUGUUGCCUCUCUGUCCGAUCACGCCUUCUAUCUGAGCUGCACAAAGCCCCCGGCACAGCUGUGA